CUGAUUCGAAGAUCUGUCAGCUGUGUUCAAAGUGGCGGAUCGUGACAUCGUGAGUCGUUCGUUGCUCCACAAUAUAUAAAUCGCGCUAUUCGGUUCUCCGAAAUGCCGAAUUUCACGAAAUAUCAUUUCGUGCUACUCGUUAUCUCGUGCGUGUCGUUCGGCCACGCCCUGGAAUGCUACGUUUGCACGGAUCAGGACGGUAAUCGGGAUAAGUGUCUCAAUACUAUUAAAACUUGCGAACAGGGACAGGAUUCUUGCCUUACGGAGAUUAAGUGGGGCAGUACUCCAUAUUGGACUCAGGGUGCCAAAAAACAGUUUUAUGUAUCUAAAAGAUGCGCCACUAAAAAGGAAUGCGAAAGAUUGCAACGAAGCACCAUGCCCGAUUGUAUUCACCUCUGGUACCAGGAUUGGAAGUGUUCUUCUUGCUGUCAAGGUGACAGGUGUAACUAUUAUGUUAUUUCUGGUGGAAACAAAACAAAACUACAUUAUGGAAUAUUUGCUAUAACAACUCUGAUCUUGUUGUUAGGCGCAUCAAGGUUUUAAUGACAUUGAUCCUGCAGAAAUGAUUAGGGUUGACGUUUUAGUCAGCUGACAAAAAAUUAAUCUCAGUAUUGCAGACUGAAUAUAUAAAAUCUCUUUUUUACGAUAAUGAAUAUUACACAUACAAGAUAGUUUUAUAUUUUUCUAAUAUGUUUGAAUGCAUUAUGUUUCAAAAAUAUGAUUUUUUUUAUAAUGUACAGCUUUGUCUCAGAAUAUUAUGUUUUGUAAUAAUAGAUUUAUAAUAAUGUUUAGAUUCAUGUAAAUUACUCACCCAAAUGUAAAGGCUUUAUAGUAGUUAAUUAUUCCACAAAUAUGUUUAUCAAGUUUAAAUCUCUAUGUGUUCUUAAUUGUAUUGUAAGAUAUAUAAUCCGUCCAUUUGGAACAA